UUGCGAGAGGAGAAGCUCCUCAGUGGAGGGUGCUGGGGAAGACUACUCGAAUAGUUCCCAUGACUUCUCCAGCCCCACCAAUGGAGGUUAUGUUAUGGGGUUGUUCAUUUUCCAUCUUCUGUUCUUCUUUUUUCUUAUCUCUAUGGUCAAAACCUUGGUUUCCUUUCCCUUUUUUAAGCAGGAGAACGCGACCUUUGUUCCGGAAGUGAAAGAAAGCGGAUGAAACGGCGGCAAAAUGGCUGCGGCCGCUGCGGCAGCGAGUGCAGGAUCCGGAGCCCCUGUAUGCGUCCUGGUGCUGGGAAUGGCUGGCUCUGGCAAGACGGCGCUGGUGCAGAGACUUGUUGCCUACCUGCAUAGUAAGAAUUCUCCUCCGUAUGUCAUUAAUCUGGAUCCCGCAGUUUAUGAGCUGCCUUUUCAGGCCAAUAUCGAUAUUCGGGACACGGUGAAGUACAAAGAAGUAAUGAAGCAGUAUGGACUGGGUCCAAAUGGUGGCAUCGUGACAUCCCUCAACCUUUUUGCUACAAGAUUUGACCAGGUGAUGAAGUUUAUUGAAAGACGACAAACUGCAUCCCAGUAUGUCCUAAUAGAUACACCUGGGCAGAUUGAAGUAUUCACUUGGUCUGCCUCAGGCACUAUCAUCACAGAAGCCCUGGCUUCCUCUUUCCCAUCAGUGGUGGUUUAUGUGAUGGACACAUCUCGCAGCACUAAUCCUGUCACCUUCAUGUCUAACAUGCUGUAUGCCUGCAGCAUCCUGUACAAAACAAAGCUCCCAUUUAUUGUGGUCAUGAACAAGACAGACAUCAUUGACCAUAGCUUUGCGCUUGAAUGGAUGCAGGACUUUGAAGCUUUUCAAGAUGCCCUCAGUCAAGAAACCACCUAUGCCAGUAAUUUAACUCGCUCCAUGAGUCUUGUUUUAGAUGAAUUCUACAACUCACUCCAGGUGGUGGGUGUUUCUGCUGUGCAAGGAACAGGGCUGGAUGAAUUUUUUGAACAUAUGUCCAGAGCUGUUGAUGAAUAUGAAAGAGAAUAUCGACCAGAAUAUGAGCGACUAAGGAAGAAAUUGGAAAGAGUUCAGAGGGAGCAGCAGGAGGAACAGCUGAAACGUUUGCAGAGCGAUAUGGGGCCUGUUGCUAUGGAGAACAGCCCAGCAGUGUCGGGUUCAAUUGCAGAAUCUUCAUUAGGCCCAUCAGAACUGAUUCUGACACGAGGAACUUUGGAACCAGAAGAGGAGGAGGAAGAGGCCCAAGACAGUGAUACUGAUGACAUUGACCAUAAAGUGACAGAGGAAAGCCAUGAAGAACCUGCUUUUCAAAACUUCUUGCAAGAAGCCAAGCUGCACUAUUCAACCAGAAGCAGCCAGUAAAGGAGAACAAGGACAGUUGCACGGCUGGACUCAGAAACUGAAGGACACAGAGCUGUGUAACAGGCUUACUCACUGCGGUCUAUGGCAACAGUUUUGGUCCCCUUCACUCACAAGGCUACUAGUUCUUUCCAUGGCAGCUUUUUUUCAGAGGGAGACUAAAGCAGUUUACCAGAACCUGAUGGUCAUUUCUGCAGAUGAGACAUAAUCACUUAUUGGCAAAAGAAUAUGACUUUGAGAGAGCUUGUCUCUAUGUUGUGAAUUCUACCUAUAAUGCAUAUUUCUGUUUUAUAAAUUAUUAGCAAAUAUCUAUUCUGC